GACCGUCGCGCAUGCGCAUUGGCGCUUGGCCUGGCAAUGGAGGAUGUUCUGGAGGAACCUCAGCGGAUUGUGAAGACUGGGCGACGUGCCAGACAGUCCCUUGAUACCUCACAGGAGGAGACUCGUUCGAGCCACAAAGCACCUUCCAGCAGCACUGGAACAGAGGGUCCUAUAAGUAAACCUGCACGGCGGCAAGGAGGGUGGGCAGAUGAUACCCCUCGUUCAUCCAAGUCAGGACGCAAGGGAGCAGAAGAGAUCGAAGACAGCCGACUGAGGCCCAGGAGCCCGGAGAACUCAGAUGAUGGCGGAGAUAUUCCUGUGAUCCCAGACCUGGAGGAAGUGCAGGAGGAAGAUCUGGCCAUGCAGGUGGCCGCUCCACCCAGCAUUCAGGUGAACCGAGUAAUGACGUAUCGAGACCUGGACAAUGACUUAAUGAAAUGUGGAGCUUUCCAAACUCUGGAUGGUGAUAUUGACCUGAAGCUGCUGAGCCGUGUGUUGUCAGCGGAGCAGGAGGUCAGAGAGGAGGAUGAAUCAUGGAGCUGGGAUCACUUGUUCACUGAGGUAUCCUCCGAGCUGCUGACUGAGUCAGAGGAUGGGGCAGGCCAGGAUGAGGAUGAAGCAAAGCUACUGUCUGCACCAGCCUGACAGGAACAGGAACCACACUGUCCAUCUCUGACCCCAUUUUCACUGGUUGUAGAUGAUCCUUUGUUUGUCCUGGAUGUUAAUAUCAGAAGUCACAUGACACCAGGUUAUAGUCCAACAUGUUUAUUUGAAAGUACAAGCUUUAGAGCACAGCCUCUUUGUCUUCACCUGACAGAGGAGUGAGGCUCCGAAAGCUUGUGAUUUCAGAUACACCUGUUGGACUAUAACCUGGUGAUGUGUGAUUUCUGAUUUUGUCUACCGCAGUCUGUCACCAGCACCUCCACAACCUGGAUGUUAAUGUGGAAGUUCCAGAGCAAGUAAAAUAGAGCUUGUUUUCAAA